GCUGGCUGUUCCCGGAGCUCGCAGGCGGCGCAAAGCGCAGCGACGCGGCGGAGCCAUGGGUGCCCGUUAAUGGGGAACGCGAACUCACUGGGGGCCGGCGCUUGGAGCCGUAGCGGGGCCGCUACCCCCACCACUAUGCUGCCCGGGCAGGCCGAUCGGUUGCCGCGACGCCAGUGCAGGCCAGGGACGGAGCCGCGGCAGCUUCUCUAGGAGCCUCGAGGAGGAGGCGGGGGAAGAAGAAGAAGAAGAAGAAGGAGCGGACGAGCCAGCGAAACAACCAGAAACCCCCCGGCUGGGGUGGAGACGGAUCGCACGGCCCAGUCUGCUAGAUCUUCAUUGAUAAGAAACAGAAUGGCUGCAAAGGAAAAGUUGGAAGCGAUGUUGAACGUGGCCCUGCGGGUCCCAAGCAUCAUGCUUUUGGAUGUCUUGUACAGAUGGGAUGUCAGUUCCUUCUUCCAGCAGAUCCAAAGAAGUAGCCUGAACAACAAUCCCCUCUUCCAGUACAAAUACUUGGCCCUUAAUAUGCAUUAUGUGGGUUAUAUCUUAAGUGUUGUGCUCCUAACCUUACCCAGACAACACCUGGUUCAACUCUACCUGUAUUUUCUAACUGCACUGUUGUUGUAUGCUGGUCAUCAAAUCUCCAGGGAUUAUGUGAGGAGUGAACUGGAGUCCGGCUAUGAAGGGCCUAUGUACUUAGAGCCUCUUUCCAUGAAUCGUUUUAUGACCGCCUUAAUAGGUCAACUUGUGGUAUGCACCCUUUGCUCCUGUGUCAUGAAAACCAAACAGAUCUGGCUCUUCUCUGCUCACAUGCUCCCUCUGCUGGCACGGCUUUGCCUGGUCCCUCUGGAAACGAUUGUCAUCAUCAACAAAUUUGCAAUGAUUUUCACUGGCUUGGAAGUUCUCUACUUUUUGGCCUCCAAUCUUCUGGUACCAUACAAUCUAGCAAAGUCUGCAUAUAGAGAACUUGUCCAGGUGGUUGAAGUGUAUGGCCUCCUGGCCCUGGGAAUGUCUCUUUGGAACCAGCUGGUGGUCCCUGUCCUCUUCAUGGUCUUCUGGCUUGUAUUGUUUGCUCUUCAGAUCUACUCUUACUUCAGCACACGGGACCAGCCUGCCUCUAGGGAGAGGCUUCUCUUUCUCUUUCUAACAAGUAUUGCAGAAUGCUGCAGCACUCCGUAUUCUCUUCUGGGUUUGGUGUUUACAGUCUCCUUCGUUGCACUUGGAGUUCUAACCCUCUGCAAGUUUUACCUGCAAGGCUACCGAGCAUUCAUGAAUGACCCAGCUAUGAAUAGGGGGAUGGCGGAAGGAGUCACGCUUUUGAUCCUGGCUGUGCAAACUGGAUUGAUUGAACUGCAAGUUGUCCAUCGGGCCUUCCUGCUCAGUAUUAUCCUCUUCAUUGUGGUUGCAUCCAUCUUGCAGUCCAUGCUUGAGAUUGCGGAUCCUAUUGUCCUAGCACUGGGAGCUUCAAGAGACAAGAGCCUUUGGAAGCAUUUUCGUGCUGUGAGCCUGUGCUUGUUCUUGCUGGUCUUCCCAGCUUACAUGGCCUACAUGAUCUGCCAGUUUUUCCACAUGGACUUCUGGUUGCUGAUCAUUAUUUCUAGCAGUAUUCUCACCUCCCUCCAGGUACUUGGGACACUCUUCAUUUACGUCUUAUUUAUGGUUGAGGAGUUCAGGAAAGAGCCAGUAGAAAACAUGGAUGAUGUAAUUUACUAUGUGAAUGGCACCUACCGAUUGCUGGAGUUCCUGGUGGCUCUCUGCGUUGUAGCUUAUGGAGUAUCCGAGACCAUCUUUGGAGAGUGGACUGUGAUGGGCUCCAUGAUCAUCUUCAUUCACUCCUAUUACAAUGUGUGGCUUCGUGCUCAGUUGGGAUGGAAAAGCUUUCUUCUCCGCAGGGAUGCAGUGAAUAAGAUCAAAUCACUGCCCACUGCUACCAAAGACCAGUUGGAACAACACAAUGAUAUCUGUGCCAUCUGCUACCAGGACAUGAAGUCUGCUAUCAUCACACCUUGCGGCCAUUUCUUUCAUGCAGGCUGUCUUAAGAAAUGGCUGUACGUGCAAGAAACCUGUCCCCUGUGCCACUGCCAACUUAAAAACCCUACUCAGCCCCCUGGGCUGGGAUUGGAGCCUGUGCCACAGCCAAAUCCCGGAGCAGAGCAAAAUACUGUUCAUCGAGAAGCCACUGAGCCCCCUGGUGUAGAACGCCAGGAAGGGCCAGGAGGUGGAUCAAUUGACAAUGGACAAGCUGUCAAGGGGCUCAGUUCCCUGCAGGACUCUAUUGAUGCCAAGGACGGCUCUAUCAGCGCGGACACUGCAUCUUCCAGUGAGGCCAGCCAGCGGGAAACUGCCACAGAAGAACUGGUUGAAAAACAGGAAGAGGUUGUCACGCGAGAUCUCGGGGGCUGCAUCCAGAAUUGAACUAGCAGAGGCUAGCACAAGAAUCAGCACUCCAUGGGCCUCCGGCUCAGCAGACAGAAUCCCACCCUUUUUACUGUCACGAACACGUUUAACUCUCAGAAUGCUGGCCAAAAUGUAUUUAUAAUAUCCCAUGCUGAUUUCCGUGAGCUGCUUGGUUUACAGGGCUGCCAGUGCAUUCCACUGGGAAACUACUUUAAGAAUCUGCCGCCAUGUUGCAAAAGGGCAGAAUCUGGAAAUCAAAACUGAGUAUUUUUGGAAGGGAAAGUGGGAGGCGGGAAGUGGGAACUUGAGGAGGUGCGGGAAGAACGAGGAAGAACGAGACGGGGAAGCAGGGGAGAGUGUUGCUUAUAUCGAAAAGGGAGAAUUUAAACUGAGGGAGAAAAGGGGUGUGUUUUGUACCCUUGGCCUUGUUGUUCAGCAAUGAAUGGCGCUCAGUCAAGAACCCUGGCCAAGAUACUGUAAGGGCCGGAGGUUCUUUUUAAAAAUAAAAGAUAUCAAGGAUUGUGUUGGGGAAGGACAGCACUCAAGUAUGUCAGGGGUGAUGCUUUGGGCAUGUCGGGGGUAGGGCAUUUGCAUUCAUGUAAUCUAUAGCAAUUCUUGACUUUUUAUGAUGGAGUCUUCAACACUUCAAUGUUUAGGCAACUUUUUGUUAAUGAACACUCUGGACAGCGUGGGCUGUGUGAAGUAAAUUAAAAUCCCGGUGAACUCUUCUCUCCACUCCGCCCGUGAGUGCAGGAGAGACAUGGGGAGGGGUUUUAGGACGCUGAUUGAAGCCUCUCAGUGCUGUUCAGUUCUGUGUAGUGUUUAAUUUCUUGCAGCUGAAUUAAAGCAGUAUUAAUCUCCUGGCAAUAUUUGCACCUUUGGAAAUGAGUACAUAAAAUGUAUGAUCAAACGCCGCAAAUGCCAACUCCUAAAGCUGUUAAUAGGAUUUGCACCUUUUUCUUCUUCUUUGACAACGAUGUGUGCGUAUUUAAAUUUUUACAUCCAUCAUGGCUUUCAGGUAGAACUAGGGACUGGGGGCGGGACGGGAGCUGGCAAUUUUUUUAUGUGAAUUUUGAUAUGAAAAGGAACUAGUCAUUUAUUUAUACACUUAGGCUUGGCUUGUUUCUUUGUUUUUGUUUUCCUCCGGAGUUAUUGUUCCUGUGAAAUGUGGACAUUAUUUUAUUUUUUAGUAGUGAAUUUGGGUGUAGACUGACAGACAUAGAUGAAUGUCUCAAUAAACUACAUUUGAAGAUUUUGUA